AUGGAUGAUCCACAUCCUCCACUUCGUGAGUACCAUCAGAGAGGAGAUCUCAUCAUUGGAGCCAUUGCUUCUCAGACCUUCAUCGUCUCCAACUCAAUAACCUUCACGGAAGAACCCCCAUCACCAUUGUUUGAAGAGCUUGUUGUCGUUCCUAAGAAUUAUCAGCACAUCCUAGCCUUGGAAUUUGCAGUAAAGGAGAUCAAUGAAAAUCCUCAGCUCUUACUCAAUGUCACCUUGGGCUUCCACAUCUAUGACAGCUAUUUCACUGCCAAAUGGACCUACCAUGCCACAAUUCUCCUUAUAUACACUCUGGGAAGAUUUGUUCCCAACUACAAAUGUGAAACCCAGAAUAGCCUAAUUGUAAUCGUAGGGGGACUGGACCCCCUAACCUCCUUUCAUGUGGCAACUGUUGUGGAUAUUUACAAGAUUCCACAGCUUAUAUAUGGCCCAGCUCCAGUGAUGAAUGAUAAAACUCCAGGACUUUCCUUCUACCAGAUGGCCCCAAAGGAAGCCCAUCAGUAUGAAGGGAUUCUUUCUUUGCUUUUGCACUUCAGGUGGACAUGGAUUGGGCUUCUGACUUACAACGAUGAAUAUGGAGAUAGAUUUGUCCAAACUGUGUUCCCACUGUUUUCACAGAAUGGUAUCUGUUUUGCCUUCAUAGAAAGAAGCCACAGAGUAACUUUUAUCAACGAAGUGUAUGAAAUGUUUAAACAAGGGGCAAAAUUACAUGACAAUAUUGUGGAUAGCAAAGCCAACGUAGUAGUAGUUUAUGGAGAAUCUUACACCAUUGCCUAUUUGAGAUGGUUUCCAUAUCUUUCAGAACAAGAUCAAAUGACAAAAAACUCCAAAGGUAUACUGUGGAUAAUAACAGCUCAGAUGGAGCUCACUUCAAUGGUCUAUCAAAAGACUUGGGAUACAGACAUAAUUAAUGGCGUCCUGUCCUUUACUAUUCACUCCAAUGAUCCACCAGGAUUCAAGACAUUUGUUGCCAGCAGAAACCCUUCUAGUUCAACAGGAGAUGGUUUUAUCAGAGACUUCUGGCAACAGUCCUUUGGCUGUGUUUUCCUAAAUACCAUUGUUGACAAAGUGGAUGGGGAUAUUUGCACAGGGGAGGAGAAGCUGGAGAACCUUCCUGGGACUUUUUUUGAAAUGAGCAUGACUGGCCACAGCUAUAGCAUCUACAAUGCUGUCUAUGUUAUGGCCCAUGCUUUACAUGCCAUGGCCUCAUCUAGAAACAAACAUGGAACAAUGGUGGACAGAGGAGGGCAGAAGUUUCAGAAACAACAGUCAUGGCAGCUCCAUCAUUUUCUGAAAGGUGUCUUAUUUAACAACAGUGCUGGGGAAAGUAUCUCCUUUGACCAGGAUGGAGGGUUGGCAGCUGGAUUUGAUAUUAUUAACUGGAUUAUUUCCUCAAACCAGUCCUUCUAUAAAAGGAAAGUUGGGAGGAUGGCUCCCCAGGCUCCUCCAGACCAAGCGUUCACCAUCAACACAGAGGCCAUAACAUGGCACAAAGGGUUUAACCAGACACAGCCUCUUUCUUUAUGUACUGAGAGUUGCCAUCCGGGUUCUAGCAAGAAAGUGAAGGAAGGGGAGCCAUUUUGCUGCUAUGAUUGCAUCCCAUGUCCAGAAGGAAAGAUUUCAGACCAGGAGGAUAUGAAUGAAUGUCAUAAAUGUACAGAUGAAAAUUAUCCAAACAAAAACCAGAUUUUAUGCAUUCCUAAGGAUAUAAGCUUCUUGUCUUGUGAAGAACCUUUGGGCAUCAGUUUAGCCUGUUUAGCUUUUUUAUUUUCAUUGAUCACAGCUCUAGUGUUUGUAACAUUUAUAAAGCACCACAACACUCCCAUUGUCAAAGCCAACAACAGGGAUCUCACCUACACUCUCCUCAUCUCCCUCUUACUCUGCUUCCUUUGCACAUUUCUGUUUAUUGGCUAUCCUCAGAAGAUGACAUGUCUCCUCCGACAAACUGCUUUUGGUGUCAUCUUCUCAGUAGCUGUUUCUUGUGUGCUGGCAAAAACAAUCACAGUGGUCCUGGCCUUCAUAGCCACCAAACCAGGAUCCAAGAUGAGGAAGUGGGUGGGGAAAAGGCUGGCUACCUCCGUUGUUUUUUCUUGCUCCUUUAUUCAAGCAAGUAUCUGUACUCUGUGGCUGUCAACCUUUCCCCCAUUUCCAGAUGUUGACAUGCACUCAGUAACUGAAGAAAUUAUACUAGAAUGUAAUGAGGGGUCUGAGACUAUGUUUUACUCUGUCCUUGGGUACAUGGGCUUCCUGGCAAUUGUGAGUUUCACUGUGGCUUUCCUCUCAAGGAAGUUACCUGACAGUUUCAAUGAAGCUAAGUUUAUCACUUUCAGCAUGUUGGUCUUUUGCAGUGUUUGGCUAUCCUUUGUUCCAACCUACUUAAGUGCAAAAGGAAAAUAUAUGGUAGCUGUGGAGAUAUUUUCCAUCUUAGCAUCCGGUGUUGGGUUGCUGGUUUGCAUCUUUUCCCCAAAGUAUUACAUAAUUGUGCUGAGACCUGAGCUGAACAACAAGGAACAGCUAAUAAGAAGAAAGUCAUAA